GCGACUGCAAAGAGGAAGAAAAACAACGAAACCGAAACAGAUCGAAUAGAGAAAAAAUGGGUUGGAUUGGAGAAACCGUAGACUCCGUCAAAUCAAUCCAGAUCCGCCAGCUCCUCACCCAGGCUGUCAGCCUCGGUAUGAUUGUUACAUCGGCCCUCAUAAUAUGGAAAGGAUUGAUGUGUGUCACUGGCAGUGAAUCUCCUGUUGUCGUCGUUCUUUCAGGAAGUAUGGAACCUGGCUUCAAGAGGGGGGAUAUUUUAUUCUUACACAUGAGUAAGGAUCCUAUCCGAGCAGGGGAGAUUGUGGUUUUUAACAUUGAUGGCCGUGAAAUCCCAAUUGUGCAUCGUGUAAUUAAGGUCCAUGAAAGGCAAGAUACUGGAGAAGUUGAUGUACUCACCAAAGGAGACAACAAUUACGGGGAUGACAGGCUAUUAUAUGCUCAAGGUCAGCUCUAUCUUCAACGGCAUCAUAUCAUGGGCAGAGCUGUUGGGUUCUUGCCGUAUGUUGGUUGGGUGACUAUAAUCAUGACCGAAAAGCCAAUUAUCAAGUAUAUUCUAAUCGGAGCAUUGGGGUUGCUUGUCAUAACUUCCAAAGACUGACAGUUGAAGCAAAUGGAAGGUGCGACCAAAUUCGAAGGAGGAUCAGUCUCAACAAUUGCCAACUUCUACCCUCUCCUUUGUACUGAUCUCUCCUAACUUUUGUAUACUGAGAAUGGAAUAGCUGGUGUUUUGAUAAAUUUAAGACGGUUAGAAAGAUGGUGAGUGAAGCAGGCUUCAGCAAGCCCUGGUUUUGCUCCAUAUAUUUAAAAUAUUGGGAUUUCAUUUCUAA